GGGGUGGUGGCAGCAGCUGCAGCAGCGGCGGCGGCAGCAGCGCCAGGAGGUGCUGCAACAGAGGCGGAGACUGCUUUUGGACGCGGUGGGGCCGAGAAGCCGGAGUCCCAGCCCGGAGGUCCCGGGCGGUGCACUGGAAGCUGCUGCGGCUGCUGCCCGACGGCCACUACCUGGGGCCCCUCUGCCACCUCGACCUCAGUUGCCGUCUGCACCUCCGUCUACCCCGCCCGCGUCUGCGCCCCAGCCAGGACGCCGCCCCCGACCGGGUCUCCACUUCUCAGCCGCCCCUCCCAUGACAACGCCCGCGCGAAGAUGGCUGCGAAGGGCGCGCACGGCUCCCACCUGAAGGUGGAAAGCGAGCUGGAGCGCUGCCGCGCCGAGGGCCACUGGGACCGCGUGCCCGAGCUGGUCCGGCAGCUGCAGUCGCUGGGCAUGCCCGGGAGCGGCGGCAGCGGAGGCAACCGGCGAGGCAGCCCGAGCGCCAGGUUCACCUCUCUGGACACCGAUGACUUUGGGAAAUUGCUGCUGGCAGAGGCCCUCCUGGAACAGUAUUUGAAGGAGAACCAUGCCAAAAUAAAAGACUCCAUCCCUUUGCUGGAGAAGAAUGAACAUAGGAUAAAUGAAGCCAAAAAUUAUUUGAGCAGUAUCCUUAACCAUGGGAAGCUGCCGCCACGGUACAUGUGUGAGGCCAUGCUGAUCCUGGGAAAGCUACAUUAUGUGGAGGGCUCCUACCGAGAUGCCAUCAGCAUGUAUGCCCGGGCUGGGAUUGAUGACAUGUCCGUGGAGAACAAGCCUCUGUAUCAGAUGCGACUGCUGGCAGAGGCAUUUGUCAUCAAAGGCCUUUCCCUGGAACGCCUGCCCAACUCCAUUGCCUCCCGCUACCGCCUAACUGAGCGGGAGGAGGAAGUGGUCGCCUGCUUCGAGAGGGCCUCCUGGGUGGCUCAGGUGUUCCUGCAGGAACUGGAGAAGACCACAAACAACAGCACAUCAAGGCACCUGAAAAGCUCUCCCCCUGUUGACUAUGAGCUCUCCUACUUCCUGGAAGCUGCCCUCCAGAGUGCGUUUGUGAAGAACCUGAAGAAAGGAAACAUCGUGAAGGGAAUGAGGGAGCUCCGGGAAAUUCUGCGGACUGUGGAGACCAAAGCAACACAGAACUUCAAAGUGAUGGCAGCCAAGCAUCUAGCAGGGGUCUUGCUGCAUUCUCUGAGUGAAGAGUGCUACUGGAGCCCCCUGUCCCACCCUCUGCCUGAGUUCAUGAACAAGGAAGAGAAUUCCUUUGUCACACAGGCCCUGCGGAAACCUCACCUCUAUGAAGGGGACAAUCUCUACUGCCCAAAGGAUAACAUAGAGGAGGCCCUCCUACUGCUGCUCAUCAGUGAGUCCAUGGCAACUCGGGACGUGGUACUGAGCCGGGCGCCUGAGCAAGAAGAGGACCGGAGGGUGAGCCUGCAGAAUGCUGCAGCCAUCUACGACCUCCUGAGCAUUACACUGGGCAGGAGGGGCCAGUACAUCAUGCUGUCGGAGUGCCUAGAGCGAGCCAUGAAGUUUGCAUUUGGAGAAUUUCACCUUUGGUACCAAGUGGCCCUCUCCAUGGUGGCUUGUGGGAAGUCAGCCUAUGCCGUGUCGUUGCUGCGGGAAUGCAUGAAGCUGCGGCCCUCGGACCCCACUGUGCCCCUGAUGGCUGCCAAGGUCUGCAUUGGGUCCUUGCACUGGCUGGAGGAGGCAGAACACUUUGCCAUGAUGGUGAUUGGCCUUGGAGAGGAAGCUGGAGAGUUCCUUCCCAAAGGCUACCUGGCUCUGGGUCUCACCUAUAGCCUGCAGGCCACUGAUGCCACCCUGAAGUCCAAGCAAGAUGAGCUGCACCGCAAGGCCCUGCAGACACUAGAAAGAGCCCAGGAACUGGCUCCUGAUGAUCCCCAGAUCAUCCUGUAUGUCUCUCUGCAGUUGGCUCUUGUCCGACAGAUCUCCAGCGCCAUAGAGCAGCUGCAAGAAGCUCUAACAGUGUGCAGGGACGAUGCCAAUGCCCUCCAUCUGCUGGCACUGCUCUUUUCUGCCCAGAAGCACUACCAGCAUGCCCUGGAUGUCAUCAACAUGGCCAUCACUGAGUACCCCGAGAACUUCAACCUGAUGUUCACCAAAGUGAAGCUGGAGCAGGUACUGAAAGGUCCAGAGGAUGCCCUUGUGACCUGCAGACAAAUGCUGCGGCUCUGGCAGACACUGUACAACUUCUCCCAGCUGGGAGGCCUGGAAAAGGAUGGCAGCUUCGGUGAGGGUCUCAUGGUGAAGAAACAGAGUGGCAUGCAUCUGACCCUGCCUGAUGCCCACGAUGCAGACUCUGGCUCUCGGCGGGCAUCAUCCAUUGCAGCCUCACGAUUGGAGGAGGCCAUGUCGGAGUUGACCAUGCCUACCUCAGUCCUGAAACAGGGCCCCAUGCAGCUGUGGACAACACUGGAACAGAUCUGGCUCCAGGCUGCUGAGCUGUUCAUGGAGCAGAAACACCUCAAGGAAGCAGGUUUUUGCAUCCAGGAGGCGGCAGGCCUCUUCCCCACCUCUCAUUCAGUGCUCUACAUGCGGGGUCGGCUGGCUGAGGUGAAGGGCAGCUUGGAAGAGGCCAAGCAGCUAUACAAGGAAGCGCUCACAGUGAACCCUGAAGGAGUACGCAUCAUGCACAGCCUGGGUUUGAUGCUGAGUCAGCUGGGCCACAAGAGCCUAGCCCAGAAGGUUCUUCGAGACGCUGUCGAAAGACAGAGCACCUGCCACGAAGCAUGGCAGGGCCUGGGUGAGGUUCUGCAGGCUCAGGGCCAGAACGAGGCUGCCAUUGACUGCUUCCUCACAGCACUGGAGCUGGAGUCCAGCAGCCCCGUGCUCCCCUUCUCCAUCAUCCCCAGAGAGCUCUGAGCUACAUGGGUGCAGACAGGGCCUCCCAGCAGGGACAGGGAUGGCAGGAACAAGGAGGCAGCAGGGAGCAGGGGUCAGGGAGGGACAGCGGCACGCAAGUGCAGAGCCCCUGGGAAUACAUCUCUAGCAAACACUUCUGUUAGCUCCGCUCCGCUUCUUCUUACCCCUACCCAUCCCUCCCCUCAAGGGCCAGCUGGGCCCUGGUGCUGCUCAUCGGGAGCUAGAUGGACAAGCUUUACAUCCAAGGCAGAUCCCGUGUUCCUGGGACCGUGGCGUUGGGGCGGGGCAGAGGCCAUGUUUCCUCAGGGCUCUGCCUUCCUUGUCUAUGCACCAUGGCGCCCAAGCCCAAACCUCCAUCGGGACUCCCACAUUUCCUAGCUUCGGACAAACUUCAGUUUCCAUCCUCUGUACCAGAGAUGAGCCCCAUGUGCUUCCCCUGCCUUUGUCCUCUGGCUACAUCAGGCUUUUCCUGGAUUCUGUCCUUGGGGCCUUAGGAGACAGCUUGAAUCUUAAGUGACUUUGCAGAGUAGUAAGGACUGGUUGCUCCUGAAACCUGGGCAGGGGGGAUCCUCAUGGCUGUACUUCAGCAUCCCACCCCCCGAAAUACUGCUGCCUGGCCGUUCCAGAACCCCACCCACUCCCUGGACCUUGCUUCCCAGUCCCAGGGUAGUCACAGACCAAGAUUGCAAGCACCACCCAGAAGACAGACCCUGGGUUCCUCUCAGGCUGAGUCAGCAGAUAAUGCCCAGCAUAGCCCCUUUGUCUCAGGAUGUCACUUGGCUUUUACUUUUUUUUCCCCUUUCUGUGUGUCUGGCCAGACACACUGAAUCCCAGGCCAAGUAGUACCCACGAGCCUUAAGCCAGCGGCUCUCAGGAUGGGCUUUGGCUCCGAGCCAGCCAUUUCUACCGGGGCCGAGCCGCUGUGGGCCUUCAGGCCUUUCCCUAUGAUGCCGGUCCCUGUGUGGAGGUGGUCUCCAGGACUGCUGUCCUUAGAAUACCACAUCCACAGCUCAGUUUUUAUCUUGGCUUUCUUGGGCAGCCUCAGCCUCACUGGCCAUUUGGGUCCCCCCACAGGGACUGUGGUUAAAGACCUGAGGAGAGUGAGGCUGCUCCCUCCUUUUGGCCACGCCAUGCCCCGUCUGCCGGGGGCGGGGGUGUUAGGGCCUUGGCAAGGCCUCUCCUUGUGGGGUGAGGGCAUGCCUCAGCUUCCCAUGCCGGUGGGGGCUGAUGGAGCCCUGCUCCAUGCCACGCUGGCUCCACACUGCAUGCCCCCCCAGCUGGCUCCAGAUAGCUCGCGCCUCCUGCCAACGGUACCAAACCAAAAGGAACCACAGAAGACAUGUGAUCCUUUGCCUCUUGGUUGAAGUGUCUCUAUCCAUGUGUAUGGGUAUAUAUAAAUAUAUAUAUAUAUAUAUUUGAUAGAGAUCUAUUUUUUUUCUGUUAGAAAAAGAAUAAGCAAGCCUUGGGAUGCCCAAAGUGUCUGUGGUCAGAUUUUGGUAGGAAAGGCACCCAGUGCAUUCUUUGAACAUUCCACCACAGAGAGCUGAGCUGAGCUGCCAACAGUGGCUGUGCAGACUGAAUAAAAGUGUGUGUCUGAA